AUGGAAGUGUUAGCUCAUUGUAAAAUAUACUCAUUAUCACAGUAUUAUCAUCCACAAGAACAACUAAUAACUAUAGAUCCUGGAAUCACCACGACCUUGACCGAUUCAAAAACAGGAAGAAUACGAACAUUACAUUUAAUUGAACCUGAUUUUAAAAUACAUGAUUUCAAGAGACGAUUAUUGAAAGAAAAUAUAACUGCCAAUGGUAAAGUAUUAAUCAUUGAUAUUGUGUCAGCAUGGAAAAACACUUUAUUGAAUGAUCCAUUGUUAUUACCUAAUGUAUGGUAUGCUAACUCUGAAGAAUUAUUCACUCUUGAAGGGGUGAUAUGUUUUUUAGCCAGAAUAAAUGCAAACCCUACAAAUACAUUACAAAGAGAAUGUUCCAUAGAUAAAAAUGAUUGCCAUCAAAGUAAUAAGAAGGAGGAAAACUCAUUACAAGGUAUAAUAAUCGAUAAUUUGUCAUAUCUUCAUACAGAUAGCACUACGGACACUAAAUCAUUAAAUAUUCUUUUCAAAUUAAUUAAAAAUAUUCAACGAACAUUUGGUUGUUGGUAUGUUAGCACAAGUUUAAAUAAUGAAUUUUAUCAAGGGAUAGAACAUAGUUUUAAUUCCACUAACAAUACAAUAAUGUCAAAUUAUGUUAAUGAUAUGGAUCUUGUAAUGGUUCGUGAUCCAUCGACUAAACAAGUUCGCCAAUUAAAUAAAUAA